CAAGGAAGAAGAAACAGUGUGAAGGAGGGAGAAACAGUGUGGAUCUGCGUCGGUACUUAUGUUCAAGGGCAACAACCUCACCUCCAGGUUUUUUGAGCGCCAAAUUCGCACGCCCCCUCCCGGCACCAGUGUUUAUUCUGCUAGGCAAUUCUAUGAAAAUUUAGUCCCAAGUUGUACCGUAUAUGAUAUUGAAUGUCCAGAUCUUUCUUUCCGCAAGUUCACCGAUGAUGGUCAGUACCUCAUAAGUUUCAGCAGGAAUCAUCAAGAUCUGAUUGUCUAUAGACCAACAUGGUUGUCGUUUUCAUGCAACGAAGAAGAUUGUGAUUCUUGUGAUCUACCCUCAAAAGCAAAGAGAUUUGAGAGCUUCUUCACUCAAUUGUAUUGUGUGUCACUUGCAUCUAGUAAUGAGCUUAUCUGCAAAGACUUCUUUCUGUAUGUGGAGAGUAAUAAGUUUGGAUUGUUUGCAACUUCCACUGCGCAAAUUCAUGAUGCACCUGCUAUUGGAGGAGCUAUUCAGGGAAUUCCAUCUAUAGAAAAGAUAACUUUUCACCUUGUGAGAAUGGAAGAUGGGGUCAUACUGGAUGAGAAGGUAUUCUGCAAUGAUUUUGUGAAUUUGGCCCAUAGCAUGGGUGUUUUCUUAUAUGAUGAUCUACUGGCUAUUGUGUCCCUUCGGUAUCAAACUGUACAUAUUCUCCAAAUCCGGGAUUCCGGGAACUUUGUAGAUGUGCGAGCUAUUGGGACAUUUUGCCGAGAAGAUGAUGAACUUUUUCUUAAUUCCCAUGCUCAGGGCAAGUUGGCAAAUCAAAUAGAAAAUGGUACUCAACAUCAUCGGCAUAUACCAGAAACUUUCUUUGUGAGCGGCAUCAAGCAGCGGUUGCUUUCAUUUAUUUUUCGUGGAAUAUGGAAUGAGGAAAAGGAUCAUACAAUGAGGGUCCAAUGUUUGAAGAAGAAGUUCUAUUUCCAUUUCCAAGAUUAUGUUGACUUGAUCAUUUCGAAGGUACAAUUCUUGGACCGGCAUCAUCUGCUAAUCAAGUUUGGUAGUGUAGAGGGUGGGGUAUCUCGAAGUACUGAUCAGCAUCCUGCAUUUUUUGCUGUAUAUAAUAUGGAGACAACUGAAAUAAUUGCAUUUUAUCAGAAUUCAGCCGAUGAACUAUACUACUUGUUUGAAUGGUAUUGUGACCACUUUCAUGCGGCAUCAGGAAACUUGUUAUACAUGAACUUCAUAUCGUCUCACUCCAACAGCAUCCAUGCUCUUGAGCAACUCAGGAAUGUGAAGAGUAAAGCUAGUAGCUUCUCUCAGUUUGUGAAGAAGAUGUUGGCCUCCUUGCCUUUCAGUUGCCAGUCGCUAAGUCCUUCUCCCUAUUUUGACCAAUCACUUUUCCGAUUUGAUGAAAAGGUUUGAUUUAGAACUGCAAAUUUCCCUCCAAUUGAGAUGGAUCAUUAUUGAUAAUUUUUCCUAAUUGAGUGACAUUUGGUGGCAAAUUGUAUCACCUCUGGUCAUUAUCCUUGACUAGGAAGUUAAUUUGUAGUUAUUGAAGUAUCAUUGUAUCAAUGGCCUACAAAAAUUGUCAUUUUUAGCUUACUUUAAUGUGGAACUUGUAC